UACAUACAGACAGACAGAUAGUGUACCUAUACCUCAAGCAGAGACUAAAUCUACGAACAAUAUGACGGUGACACAAAAAAGAUAGGGUCUUUCUGAAAGCUUCCUCUGAUCAUACCAAACAGUGUCUGCUUUCACUCCAAUUUCUCACCUUUUUUUUUGCUAUUUCCCCGAGAAGAAGAAAACCCUUGAUCGCCGGAACUAGUGUUCCCGUUGGCGAUGGCGGUUCCGGAGGAGGAAUCCUACGCUAAGUCUCAAUCGACGUCGGCCACGGCUGCGGCGGCGGCAGCUCCGUCGUCUUCCGGCGACGUUUGCUACCUCGCCAAAUGUGUCCUCCGCCCAAGCGUUGUUCUCCAGGUCGCCUAUGGCUACUUUCGCUCCAGGUCCUUCCGCGACAUCGUUUUCGGCAAGGAGACCUGCAUAGAAUUGGUAUCUAUUGGUGAAGAUGGGAUUGUUCAAUCUGUUUGUGAGCAGAGUGUUUUUGGAACAAUUAAGGAUUUGGCCGUCAUACCUUGGAAUAAUGAAUUUCAUAUGAGAAGUACACAGAUAUCAGGAAAAGACCUUUUGGCAGUUAUUUCUGAUUCUGGGAAGCUCUCAUUUCUCUCAUUUAGCAAUGAAAUGCACAGGUUCUCUCCUGUGUCACAUGUUCAACUUUCUAGUCCUGGAAACUCUACGCUUCAACUUGGCCGAAUGCUUGCUGUUGAUUCCAGUGGUCUCUUUCUCGCUGCCAGUGCGUACCAUGAUCACUUUGGGCUAUUUUCCCUUUCAACAUCAUCUGUGGGUGAUAUUAUUAAUGAGAGGAUAUUUUAUCCUUCUGAAAACAGCGGGGACAUCAUUUCAGAACAAGCAAUAUCUGGGUCCAUUUGGAGUAUGUGUUUCAUUUCUAAAAACCUUCAUGAACCUAGCAAGGAGUAUGACCCUGUUCUUGCCAUUGUUUUGAAUAGGAAAGGGUCUCUCAUGAAUGAUCUGGUUUUGUUCAGAUGGAAUGUCAAAGAACAAUCCAUAUGUUUAAUGUCAGAAUAUGCCGAGCCCGGAGCACUAUCACAUACUAUUGUUGAAGUUCCUCAUUCCUAUGGAUUUGCUUUUCUCUUCAGGGUUGGUGAUGCUCUCUUAAUGGAUCUUAGGGAUGCUCAAAACCCUUGCUGUUUGUUUAGGACGUCUUUAGAUCUCGUGCCUGCUUCUUUAGGGGAAGAUCAUUUUGUAGAAGAGUCAUGUAGAGUGCAAGAUGGAGAUGAUGAAGGUCUUUUUAAUGUUGCUGCAUGUGCAUUGUUGGAGCUCAGGGAUUAUGAUCCCAUGUGCAUAGAUAGUGAAAGUGGCAUCGGGAAGUUGGGUUCCAAGCAUGUGACUUCAUGGACUUGGGAGCCAGAAAAUUAUUGUAACCCCCGGAUGAUUUUUUGCUUAGAUGAUGGAGAAUUUUUCAUGUUUGAACUCACUUAUGACUCUAACGGGAUGAAAGUGAAUCUGUCAGAGUGUUUGCACAAGAGCUUACCAUGCAAGGAAAUUUUGUGGGUUGAAGGUGGAUUACUGGCUGCAUUCGUUGAAAUGGCAGAUGGAGUGGUUUUCAAAGUGGAAACCGGUAAGCUACAUUGGGUGAGUCCGAUACAAAAUAUUGCUCCAAUCUUGGAUAUGUCGAUUGUGGAUGACCAGAAUGAGAAACGUGACCAAAUGUUUGCUUGCUGUGGUGUGACACCUGAAGGCUCCUUUAGAAUUAUUCGAAGUGGCAUCAGCGUAGAAAAGCUUCUGAAAACUGCUCCUAUUUAUCAAGGAAUAACUGGUACUUGGACUGUUCGGAUGAAGCUUACCGAUAUUUACCAUUCAUUUCUUGUGUUGUCAUUUGUUGAGGAGACAAGGGUCCUGUCAGUUGGAUUGAGUUUUAAAGAUGUGACUGAUUCUGUCGGUUUCCAGCCCGAUGUCUGCACCUUGGCAUGUGGGCUUGCAGCCAAUGGACUGUUAGUUCAAAUUCACCAAAAUGCAGUAAGGCUUAGCAUGCCCACCGAGGAUGCUCAUUCUGACGGUAUUACUGUUUCUUCACCAUUUUGUACCUCUUGGUUUCCAGACAAUGUAAGUAUUAGUCUGGGGGCAGUUGGAGAAAAUUUAAUAGUUAUCUCUACAUCCAAUCCUUGGUUUCUGUCUGUUCUUGGGGUUAAAUUGCUCUCUUCCAAUUAUUAUGAAAUCUAUGAAAUGCAACGAUUGACAUUGCAGUAUGAGGUUUCCUGCAUCUCCAUUCCUCAGAGACAUAUAGGAAAGAAAAGACUCUAUCCUUCUACCACAUUGAAUUUAUCUGAUAAUAGCUACGCCGCUACAAUUCCUGCUGGUAUGGAUGGAGGCUAUACAUUUGUAAUUGGCACACAUAAGCCUUCUGUGGAGGUUCUGUCCUGCUCAGAAGAUGGUGAUGGGUUACGAAUUCUUGCUUCUGGGUUGAUAUUGUUAACAAAUACUAUGGGAACAGCCAUAAAUGGAUGCAUCCCGCAAGAUGUAAGACUUGUAUUAGUCGAUCAGUUUUAUGUCCUAUGCGGUUUGAGAAAUGGAAUGCUACUUCGUUUUGAGUGGCCUACUUUUCCACCUUCAUCCGGGUUGCAUUUUCCAGAUUCUGUCAGUCACUCUGAAGAAGUGAUGGACACUGUUCUGGGUGAAAAGAGCCUUUCACCCAUCAAUCUUUUGUUAAUUGCCACCCGUCGCAUCGGCAUCACUCCUGUUUUCCUGGUUCCUUUCAGCGAUUCACUAGAUUCAGACAUCAUAGCUCUUAGCGACAGGCCAUGGUUGUUGCAAACAGCAAGGCAGAGUCUUUCUUAUACUUCCAUCUCAUUCCAACCUUCCACUCAUGCAACUCCUGUGUGUUCAUCUGAUUGUCCUCAAGGAAUUCUUUUUGUUGCAGAGAACUGUCUACAUCUAGUGGAGAUGGUGCACAGCAAACGGCUAAAUGUGCAGAAGUUUCAGCUUGGAGGCACUCCGCGAAAGGUCAUAUAUCAUAGUGAAAGCAAACUAUUGAUUGUGAUGAGAACUGAUUUGCAGGAUACUUGUGCAUCUGAUGUAUGCUGUGUGGAUCCACUUAGUGGGUCAGUGUUGUCAUCGUAUAAGCUCAAACAUGGAGAAACUGGAAAGUCAAUGGAACUUUUACGCGUGGGAAAUGAACAAGUCCUUGUGGUUGGGACGAGUUUAUCGUCUGGUCCCGCUAUACUGCCUAGUGGUGAAGCUGAAAGCACAAAAGGCCGAUUAAUUAUUCUCUGCAUUGAACACACACAAAACUCAGAUAGUGGUUCAGUGACAUUCUGUUCAAAGGCUGGAUCGUCUUCCCAACGCAUGUCACCUUUUCGUGACGUUGUGGGACACACCACGGAACAACUAUCUGGAGGUAGUUUCUGCAGCAGUCCAGACGACAACAGUUCUGACGGAAUUAAACUUGAUGAGGUCGAAGCAUGGCAGUUGAGAUUGGCCUCUGCAACCACUUGGCCAGGAAUGGUACUUGCCAUCUGUCCAUAUCUUGAUCGUUACUUCCUGGCAUCUGCUGGCAAUGCUUUUUAUGUAUGUGGUUUCCCGAAUGAUAACCCUGAGAGAAUGAAGAGGUUUGCGGUAGGAAGGACACGCUUCAUGAUAACAUCUCUGAAUACAUAUUUCACUAGAAUAGCCGUUGGGGAUUGCCGUGAUGGUGUCCUUUUCUAUUCUUAUCACGAGGACGUGAAGAAACUGUACCAAACAUUUUCUGAUCCAUCACAACGGUUAGUUGCUGAUUGCUUACUGAUGGAUGCCAAUACCGCUGCUGUAUCUGAUCGUAAGGGGAGUGUAGCUAUCUUAUCUUGCACAGAUCGGUCAGAAUAUGAAUAUUCAAGUCCGGAGUCCAACCUAAACCUGAACUGUGCUUAUUACAUGGGUGAGAUAGCCAUGACCAUCAGAAAGGGGUGUUAUGUUUACAAACUUCCUGCCGAUGAUGUGCUGAAGUCUUAUGGUCUCAGCAUAAGUAUCGACACAGUGCAGAACACAAUCAUAGCUGGCACGCUAUUAGGGAGUAUAUUCAUAUUUGUUCCUAUAUCAAGGGAGGAAUUCAAACUUCUAGAAGCUGUCCAGGCUAGGCUUGCGGUCCAUCCACUGACUGCACCUAUUCUCGGGAAUGAUCAUAAUGAGUUCCGAAGUCGUGAGAAUCCUGCUAAGGCGAAAAAAAUCUUAGACGGUGAUAUGCUUGCUCAGUUUCUGGAGCUUACUAGUAUACAGCAAGAGGCGGUUUUAAUGGCAGAUGUGCCAUCUCCAAGUUGUUUGAAAUCAAGUUCAAAACUUCAACAUUCUCCUUCCUCACUCGUGUUACAGUUGCACCAAGUCGUUCAGUUACUGGAGCGUGUCCACUAUGCCUUAAACUAAGUCACUCUAUCUUCUUUCUGCUUCUCCUCUCAGCUCAAGGAAUGAGAGGGAAGAUAAAACCCGAGGCUGUAGUAGUGUAGCCGAAAAAUCAUUUCUCUAAUCAGUUCCACGAUUUGAAAUAUCCGUAGUUUGGCAUAUGGCGGCUCAGUCCCUUAAUCUCUGUAAGCGAAUCGGGGGUUACUACUAGGCUGACAAUCGGAGUCUGGAGCUGCUUAGUUCUCUUGUGGGUAAUUCUCUCUAAAAACUUAGUUUUGUACAGAAGUUGAUAAAUUUAUGUGGUUUUUGAGCAUGAGGAUGAGAGGGUACUGGGUGUCUCUGUGUACGGAAUCGAGGAAAGGGACAAAAUGUAACUUACACAAUGACUUCAGAAGAAGAAGAAAAGUGAGAAACUCGGUGUUCGGAUCUUGAGAUAAUAAAGAAAUAAGAAACUUGCAUUUGUUGAUGA